AUGGGACGUAUUGAUGGCGUGCAGAGCUUGCCGGAUCUAAAGGACAGAAGCGAGCCCCCCCUUCCAAUCUUAGAGCCAGUUCCCACUUUCUCCGUUGGGCCAAAACCACAGACACAGCAGACACAGGUUUUGUCCACCCCAGUUAGUUCACGCGUCGGAACAGCCAAUGGUCGCGUAGGAACAGCCAAUGGUCGAAGGCCAGUCUCUUCAAAGAAGAACUUGCCAUCCCUGGGUGUUUGGAGAGCACACUUUGCGGACAAGGACUUGCCGAAGGAGGUUCAGAUUGGUGACCGCUGGUGGAUUUCAUCAGAGAUCCAGAGGACAGGGGUCCAUGGCAAAAAGCUUCCGUCUUUGGCGUCACAGUCAGAUGCUGGCGAUGCAAGCCUAUCCAAAGGGAGCUUCUCCAGAGCAAGCUCCCCACGGACCAACCACGACAGGACACCUGGAGCCUGGCAUGCGCCUUCGAAGGGUGCUUCAGAGAUCCGUACUGCCUCCCGUGGUAUUGAAAGGCAAAAGAGCGAACGAAGCUUCAGCAGAACCCACUCAAUGGCAACGCAGAGUGUCGCAUCUUUGGAUGAGAUGGACGACGAGAAGACACACUACGAGUUUGGGAAGUCCGAGAUGCACUGCCGAAGGAACAUCACCAUGACGGAGCGGAAACGAAACCACAAUGCUGCUUUGGCAAGGGACAAAGUUUAUGUCCAGAAGCUUCUCAAAGAGGGCCGGGAAAAGAAUGAGGACCGCCUGGCCCGUGAGCAGGUCUGGGAUGCUGCCGCUCACAAGACAGCAGGCUGGGAGUGGAAAACUAUUGCUGUCGGAGUUGCGGUAGCUGCUGCAUGCUGUCUCCAGCGGCACUUGACUUUUGUGCCUGGGCCUCGGCAUGCUGCUCCAGUGGCAGCAGCAGCAGCCAGCAUGAUGAUGGCUCCUGCGGCUUUUGCUGAUGAGAUCGGCGAUGCUGCAAAGAAGCUUGGGGAUGCUUCCUACUCUUUUGCCAAGGAAGUGGGCUGGAACAAUGGCAUUUUCCUGCAGGCCCCUGGCAAGUUUCAGCCCCUGGAAGCUUUGAAAGCCAUUGACAAGAUGAUCGAAAUGGGGGCAGCCGCAGAUCCAAAGCUUCUGAAGGAGGCAGCAGAAGCACAUCACAAGGCCAUCGGGAGCAUCAGCGGGCCAAAUGGUGUGACAUCGCGCGCUGACUGGGAUGCCGUGAAUGCAGCCCUUGGCCGUGUAAUCGCUUCAGUCCCCAAAGCAAAGGUCAUGGCUGUUUACGAUUCAGUGAAAGCCAUCACGGACCCCGGAGUGCCAGCUUACAUGAAGUCCUUGGUGAACGGACCCGAUGCCGAGAAGGCCUACCAAGGAUUCCUGGAAUUCAAGGAUGUUGUUGAAAAGAACCAGGUGGCUACUGCAAGUGCUCCUGCAGUUGUGCCUUCCGGAGACAAAAUUGGUGAAGCUGCAAAAGCGUUGUCCGAUGCAUCCUAUCCUUUCAUCAAGGACAUCGAUUGGCUGUCGGACGUUUACCUGAAGCCCCUGCCCGGCAAGACUGCCCCAGAGACGCUGCAAGCCAUUGACAAGAUGAUUGUGAUGGGUGCCAAGAUGGAUGGCAACCUCUUGAAGGCAGCAGCAGAGGCACACCACAAGGCCAUUGGCAGUAUUGAUGCCACCGGCGUGACGUCCGCGGCCGACUACGAAGCUGUGAAUGCAGCCAUUGGGCGCUUGGUGGCAUCCGUGCCCAAGUCCACUGUGAUGGAUGUGUACAAUUCGAUGGCCAAGGUCGUUGAUUCCAGCGUCCCCAACAACAUGUUUUCAAAGGUGAAUCCAUUGGAUGCAGUGGCUGCUGCCAAGGGUUUCUACACCUUCAAAGAUGUUGUUGAGGCUUCCCAGCGCUGAAGGUAAAGACCAUCAGCAUGAAUCUUGAAGAUUCGACAUUGCUUCAAUAUGCUUUAACAGAACACUUUUUAUAAAUGUAUAGUCAAUAGUUACAGACAUCUGUACUAGUUUCUUGACGAGGCGGGAACCUCUGGAGCAAAUGAAAAAACACACUUGCCGGGCGUACAUCUGAUGACUUAGCAUGCUCCGUGUCUUCAUGGACAGAUACACAAUUCUAAUCCCACGAACAGCUUUGGGGACUGAUUCCGCU